AUGCUUCUCAUUCUCUUCCUCCCCGUUGCAGUAGCGGCAUCUUCUCCCAUUAACAAUGCCUCCACCUUCCCCAUUGUCCACAGAAACUAUGGUGACAUCUUGAGCACAACAUCCCCCUACCGGCCCAACAUCAAAUUCUUCAAAGGCAUUCCCUAUGCGGCACCUCCCACAGGCGAACUCCGCUGGAAGCCCCCGGUCAAGCCCGAGCCAUGGAGCGGCACAUACAACGCAACAGAGUUCAGCGCCCAAUGCCCCCAGGCCCUAAACAUGGGCACCGGCCUAUGGACGACCGGCCCAGCCGACCAAAGUGAAGACUGUCUCUACAUGAACAUCUGGACCCCUACUACGACACCUUCCACCCCACUCCCCGUCUAUAUCUGGGCCUACAGCGGCCGCGUCAUUGACGGCUCCGGCGACGUUGUAACCUACGACGGCAGCGGCCUUGCCUCGCAAGACAUUAUAACCAUCACCUUCAACUUCCGCCUCGGCCCUCUCGGCUUCCUCGCCCACCCUCUCCUCUCCGCCGAAUCCCCUCACAACAGCUUCGGCAACUACGGCAUCCUCGACAUCAUCGCCGCCCUGGAAUGGGUGCAAGCCAACAUUGCCUCGUUCGGCGGCGAUCCCGCUCGCGUUACCGUGGGCGGCCAAUCCUCUGGCUCGUCCUGCUCCCUCGACAUGAUGUACUCCCCUCUUGCCAACGGUCUAGCAUCAGGAAUCAUCGCCGAAAGCUGCUCGCGAUCUCCUCGAGACCCCCUAACAGGCAGUCUGGCAACAAGCUACCGUCAGAAAGACGAAGCCGAAUCCUCUGGCCUCUCCGUGAUGACCUCACUCAACGCAUCAACCCUCUCCGAAAUGCGUGCUCUCUCCGUCUCAACCCCCUCUCCAGAAUGGCGCCUCGUCCUGGACGGCUACGUCCUCCCACACACCUACGCCUCCACCCUCUCAGACAACACCCACCCCAACAUCCCCAUCCUCACCGGCAACAACAAAGACGAGUCUGGCGCCGCUACAGACCCAGGAUUCUCCACCUUCCGCUCCAACUUUCCCAUCAUAAUUCUUCUCCUAUACCCAGCCAACGACACAGAAUCAACCACCCCAGCCAAUAACGCCUUCUGGGCAGACCUCGGCAGAGUAAGUACCUGGUCCUGGGCCCUAGAUUGGUACGCUGGCGGCGCUACAGCCCCCGUGUACACGUAUUCCUGGGACCAUGCGCCGCCGGGACAGAGUCUGGGUGCGUUCCAUGGGAGUGAGAUGUAUUAUGUCUUUGGGUAUUUGCCGUAUAACUAUCCGGAUAUGCCGUGGACGGAGCGUGACUUUGAGAUUGAGAGGGUGAUGGUGGCGUAUUGGUCGAAUUUCAUCAAGUACGGGGAUUCGAAUGGGGAGGGGUUGGUGAGAUGGGAGCCUAGUGGGGAGGAGAAGGAGACGAUGUUGACGGAUGGGGUGGAGAGGAGGGAGUUGAUGUUACAGUGGUUGGCAGAGUCGGAGGUUUGGUGA